AUGCCGAAUGCGAAGAAAGCCAAGUCGCCGUUUCUGAGAGGGUCUUUCUUUGCUGGCUCCGCCAAGAAGGAAAAGAAAUCUGACGCCGCGGCGCGACCCGCGGCGUCCUCGGGCGGUGCUGCGUCGGUCCCGUCCGAUGACCAGCGUGGAAGAAGCGCAGGCCGCGCCCCACUGAGCACGACGACGCCGGGCGAACUCGGCACUCAGGAUUCGAGUCACCCAGGCGCGCGGACAUCGGUGCACGGCGUGCCGGCGUAUACGCAGGCAGUCCCUCGAAAGUGGAAGGUGCGCCACCCGAGGCGAUCGCACCACGGCGUCGCUUCGCGCUUCAGGCGAGUCCUGCGAAGGAAGGGCCGCACUGUCGCCCCAGAGUACGCAAACGUGUUCCUCAUCCUCGGGCUCUGCGACGGAGAGCUCAUUCAGAAUGGCUACGUGUGCCUCCGCGCCGCGGACGUGACUGAGUCGGGCGUGGAGGGUGUCUCUCAACUCACGGGCUACCCAUUUCUCCGCCACUGUAUUCUCGUGAACAAAAAAACCCGCCGAACGAAGCAACCGAAGACCUACUACACUGUGUUGGGAACUGGUCAGUACACCGCCAUCGUCAACGCGUCGACGCAGGUGGACGGCAUGGCGCCGCUCGAAGUCUGCGUUCUUCGGCGGAGCGGAGGCCCGCAGUUAGAGAAGAAGCGUAGCAGUCACCGGUCUUCGAUCGUUGGCAGCGUUGUCGGCACGCUGCGGUCUUCAGCGAGAGAGCUGGGUCUCGUGAGCUCCGGCUGA